AUGGAGGGUGGGAAUAAUGAGGGAGUGCAGACGGGAGUGGGAAUGGGAGGGUCUAAUGGGGCUGGAGCGAGUUCAAGGUGGAACCCUACAAAAGAGCAAAUAAGCAUGCUAGAGAAUCUGUAUAAGCAGGGAAUAAAGACACCAAGUGCUGAGGAAAUUCAGCAGAUAACUGCUAGGCUCAGGGUGUAUGGUCACAUCGAAGGAAAGAAUGUCUUCUACUGGUUUCAGAAUCACAAAGCCAGGCAGAGACAGAAGCAGAAGCAAGAAACAAUUGCUUAUUACAACCGCUAUCUUCAUAGGCCCCAGCCCUUCUUUUCUCCCCCAAAUGCCAUCUGUGCUCCAUGCUGCAUUCCUCAGCCACAGGGAGAAAUUGGGUUUUAUCCCCAACAUCCAAAGAUGCUUGUACCAGUAGGUUUUCGAAGGAACCCAGCAGAGAAAGUUGUGCCCGCAGGCAUGCCAAGCAUCUGUAAUGGCCCAAUGGUAUAUGGAGGCAUGCAACAGAAAAUCCCGGAUUGUAACUUCAGCUACAGUAACCAAGAAACGUUGGAUCUCUUUCCUCUGCACCCAACUGGCAUUUUGGAAGGAAAAACCACAGAUCAGGUGUCAUCUCUGGCUUCAGUUUCUCCUGAUAGUUCAACUGAUACACCUUCCGGUUCUUCUGAUAUCAAUGAAGAGGAUGCUUGCCCAGGAAACCAGCCCUUCUUUGAUUUUUUUACUACUUCAGGACAAGGUUCUUAA